ACUGGAGGUGAUGGUGGGGGUCCAAUAAUCGCUUCUCUCUAUAUAGGACUCUAGUGCCAAGUGCUGUCAUAUGAUUUCCCAUGCAAUUCCACGUGAUUCGAAACUGAGCGCAUGUCUUCUGUCUCUCUCUUUCUCUCUCUCUCUCUCCCUUCCUAUCUCUCUCUUCCCUAUCACUCUCUUUUUCUCUCCUUCGUUCAGAAGAGAAAUUUUUUUCGUAUAAAUUUCUGUUAAAGAGACCUGUCAAAAAGCGUUAAAACAAUGGAAAUUAUAUUUCCAUGUGUUUUGUAGGAUUCCUCGUGAUUGCAAAUUCAUUUGAAUCAUCCUACGAUAUAUAAUAUGCCAUCUCAGUAAGCAAUGCAGUGCGGAUGUAUACACUAUUGUAUUAUGAUGACUAUCUGAGAAGCAUUUUACGUUAGAUGCAAUCGCGUUAAUCAGCCAUAGCGUUUGUAUCCAUACAUGUAUCGGUGUGAUCCCGUGAUAUUCUUCGUGACUAAUUCGAUAGAAAUCAACGGGAAAGCUGUCAAUGAUCCCGAGAGAAUGAGAAAAUUUCGCACGCCCGUUCCAGGCAUGAAAAAAGCGCUUCCAGCUUCUUAAGAAUCGUUUUGUUGCUGCACCUCGCCUAAUUAUGGAGCGGAAUGGUGCUAGAGAAAUGGAGGAGCGUAGAUGCAUUCGAGAUACUGGGAAGGCCUUAAAGAAGUAUGGAAGUACAGCUAAACACAUGACAAGGACCGAGAGUUUGGUGAAACACACUGUGUGUUCCACGGAUACCCUCCAAGGAAUAGCUCUGAAAUAUGGAGUUACGACAGAACAAAUAAGAAGGAUUAAUAGAUUAUGGGCAUCGGAUAGUUUAUUUUUGCGAGAACACUUGCUUAUUCCUAUUAAUACAGAUAGUUCUGCUUCUAUAUGUAAUAAUGAAUCGGUAGCUCCUGAAGAGCAUGACAUCCCUCCAAAUAUAUCUAGUCCUUCUUCAAUAUCACCUAUUGAUGAUGAAAGUUCAUUUAAUGAUUUUUUAGCUAAAAUGGAUACUUCAAUAGCUAAUACCAUGAAAGAAGUUGAACGUGCUCAAGGGAACAGUGAAUUCUGUACUGAUAGCAAUGAUGUUUAUGUACAACGACGGCAUGGAUCGGCUAAAUUACGAAACUCAUUUCCUACUACGUCGAAUAGCUAUUCGACACCCUCCUCUGAUUCUGUCAGACCCAUGUCCUCUAGUGAUAUGCAUAAUUUUCCAACUGCUGUAGUAAUGACACAAGGAAAAAAAGUAAAGACUUCUUUGCAAAGACUCGAACAGCAACAAGAUGAAAUGUUCCAAUUGUAGCGUUUAAGUUUUAUUGGGUUGUAAUAUUCUGAUUGUCGACUGUUAUUAAACAGCUUGUAGGAAAGGAUGUACUGUAUAUCAAUGUGAUAGGAAAUUGUUUUUCAUGUUCAAUGUUGAUUGAGCCAGUUAUAAAUUUAAUUAAACAACAUUGUUCUUUUCUGAUUUUUGCUAUCAAAAUAUUGUUUGUAUUCUUAUAGCAUUAUUCUUACAUAAUGAAUGCACUGUAUUUGAA